AUGUUGAAAGUUUUGCUUCCACCAAGAAGAGUAUGCUUGUUUAAGGUUAGGAACAAAACUAGCUAUACUGUUAUAAGGGAAUAUCAGAAUUCAGGGAUUUUAGGUACAAAUAGAGUGGUUCGAAAAUCAGGAGAUAAGACUUCAAUAGCUGUGACUGAUCCCUAUGUUAUAUACAAGUAUUUGGUGAAAACCAAGGAAAUCGAUUCUGACCCUUUCCAACUUGCACUGAUUAAAAAAUUGAGACUGUUAUCGGGCGAACUACAAACUUACAAGCCAGAUCUAACGACUAUAAAAAUCAAUAAGAUGGUCAGAGAAUUGGAAGUCAGGUAUAACCAACAACAGGCCGAUAAGAAAGGCGUCUUUUUUGGGUAUACCAUAGGAUGGUUAAAAGAACAUCAAAACGAUAAGAUGCGUACAAACGUAAUCAAGGUGCUGAACGAUUUUGAAGAAUUGGCUUUGUUAGUCGACGUUCCUAAAGGUUUACUGAUUAACGGAGAAGUCGGGUGUGGAAAAACGAUGAUAAUGGAUUUAUUUGCGGAUUCACUGCCAGUUGAGGGUAAAUGGAGAGUUCAUUGGGGGGUUUUUAUUCAGUGGGUGAUGAAUGAAAUUGAAAAUAUAUCUAAAAGGAAGCUUAACAAAUUUACGCAAGUUAACCAUUCUUUAUUGAAUUACGAGAAUGAAUUUAUGCUAUUUGAGAUUGCAUCGAGGUUAAUUGAAAGGUCCCAUGUUUUGAUUUUGGACGAAUUCAUGCUACCUGAUAUUGCAUCCGCUAAGAUAAUCAAUAUUCUGUUUGUUUAUUAUUUUAAGCUUGGAGGUGUUUUGGUUGCAAGCAGUAACCGAUUGCCCGAAGAGUUAUAUUCUGGAUCAAUUAAUAAAACUACAAUGGGUGAUUUUGAGAAAAUUCUAAGGUGCAGAUGUGAUGUUUGGGAUAUGCAAAGUAAGGUUGAUUAUAGAAGAGAAUUAAAGGAUGAGGAUAUUUCACCUGAGAAAUGGUUGGUUUUGGAGAAUGAACCAAAUUCCAGCCGUAAAUGGAAUGAACUAAUUUCGAGACAUAUAAAACUGGAUGAUUGUUUGGUCGAUUAUACUCCAUUCAAGAGUUACGGUAGAGAUGUCAUUAUCCCAAAAUGUAACGAGACUGUCGCAUAUUUUCAGUUCAAAGAUCUUGUUGAAGAUUCCAAAUAUGGUCCAAGUGAUUUUAUUUCGAUUUCUAACAAGUAUCCAACUAUUAUAAUUGACCACGUGCCAAUAUUGUCAAUUAGGGAAAAAAACUAUGCCCGACAACUAAUUACAUUUAUUGAUGCAAUUUAUGACUCGAAGUGUAAUCUAAUCAUGAGAUCCGAAGAUGAACCAAAUAGGCUAUUCUUUCCAGACUUGAGAAGUGAUAAUGGGCCAACCAGGUUCAAGUGUACACCAUUAGAGGAUCAAGUAGAUCUGAAGUCAAACACACAAGAGAUGCAAGACUUGGAAAUGUUUUCCAAAACAGAGAUGGACUUAGUCAAUCCAUAUAGGCCUAAUUUUGCAACUUAUGAGAAAGACAACGAAAACUACCAAAUUGAGAAAGGUAAUGAACUGUUAAAUAAGAGUUUUACGGACAUGAAGAAAUUUACAGGAGAAGAUGAGAUGUUUGCAUACAAGAGAGCCGUUAGUAGAAUAAAUGAAAUGACACAAUCGAUCAGAUGGAGAAAAAGGGAAUGGACCCCUUUACACGACAGCUUUAAACUUUGGGAGAACGGAAAGAACAAUGAAAAGAUAGAAAGAAGUAGCAGUCAUAUUGGUAGGCAGACUGACGAAAGCAUCGAAAAGCCAGUAGAACCUCCAAGGAUUAAAGAAUACAAUUUUUGGUCAAUGGGGAAGUGGAAUAACAAGGCGACACAUGUGAAGGAUGAGGUUGCAAAGAAAUGGAUCCAGGGGUCUGAUUUGUAUAAAAAGUAA